ACCAACCAAACAAGAAUAUAAUCUCCUUGCAAUUCCAUUAUUUCAUUUCACGAAAUCAACGAUAGUGUUAGAGGAGUGGCAAACUACUAUUUUUUACACCGCAAAAGAAGAAAUGGCGAUAACAUUGAACAAUGGAUUCAAGAUGCCAAUAAUUGGCCUGGGUGUUUGGCGUAUGGAAGGAAAAGACAUUAGAGACCUCAUCAUCAACUCCAUCAAGAUUGGUUAUCGCCAUUUUGACUGUGCUGCUGACUACGGGAAUGAAGCAGAAGUUGGGGAGGCACUGUCGGAAGCAUUCAGAAGUGGGCUUGUUAAGAGAGAGGACCUCUUUGUUACAACUAAGCUUUGGAAUACUGAUCACGGGCAUGUUCUUGAGGCUUGUAAAGACAGUCUUAAGAAGCUUCAGUUGGAUUAUCUGGAUUUGUAUCUAGUUCACUUUCCUGUUGCCAUAAGGCACACUGGAAUUGGUGAAACUGGCAGUCCCUUGGAUGAGGAUGGAGUCCUGGACAUAGACACAACUAUAUCAUUGGAGACGACCUGGCAUGCUAUGGAAGAUCUGGUUUCCAAGGGUUUAGUUCGUAGCAUUGGGAUCAGCAACUAUGAUAUCUUUUUAACCAGAGAUUGCCUAGCUUACUCCAAAGUGAAGCCUGCUGUAAAUCAGAUUGAGACACACCCCUACUUCCAACGUGAUUGUCUUGUCAAAUUUUGUCAGAAGCAUGGGAUCUGUGUUACUGCCCAUACUCCCUUAGGAGGAGCUGCGGCUAAUGCGGAAUGGUUUGGUACAGUGUCAUGUUUGGAUGAUCCAAUCCUUAAAGGGCUGGCUGAAAAGUAUAAGAAAACUGUGGCUCAGAUUGUUCUCCGGUGGGGAAUUCAGCGAAACACAGGUGUCAUCCCGAAGACAUCAAAAUUUGAGAGAUUGCAAGAGAAUUUCCAGGUUUUUGACUUUGAGCUGGCCAAAGAAGACAUGGACCUAAUUAGAACUGUUGACAGGAAAUAUCGAACCAAUCAACCUGCCAGGUUUUGGGGCAUAGAUCUGUAUGCUUAAAGCGUGCCAGGUAUUCUGUUUGUGGGGGCUUUCCUUGUGUUCUAUGAAGAAUAAGAGUGAAAAAUCCAUUUGACUCGAAACUGCAUUGGAAAACUUUUAGUAAUUUAUAUAAUUCUCAGAAUUUGAUCAGAUUCACCAGUGCCAAAAAUUCUUCUUUCUCUGAAAUGGUAUUGGACUUGUAUAUGACUAAGAAAAUACUUUGAGAUCUGUUUUUGAAAUUCUGAAAAUAUGAACUAAUUUAGCAUUUAUUCUGAA